AUGCUGCAUGACCCUGAGCUGCCUGGCCAGGGCGGCGGUCACUCACAUACCUCCCUUGCCGUAUAUAAAGCAGAUGAGACCCUUGAUGAAGUACCAACCUCCAGGGCUGUCAUCAUAAUGAAGUCUCUCGCCACUCUGUUUACUGCUGCUCUUCUGCUAGCCUUCGCCGGGGCUAAGGAGCAUUAUGUGCACCAGGUCUGCGCCGGCGCUGGGCCCGAGUGCCUGUCGAAGGCCUCCACGUGCGGCGAGAAGAUGAAGCCAAAUGCCGAAUAUAAACAGCAAUUUCAUGAAGCUUAUCUUCUGUGCGAAGCGAAGAGCGACGAAAGCAAGGAUGAAUCUCCCGAAUCUUCAGAAGAUUCUCUUGAUGACGAGUUCGGCGAACACUCGAAGUGUAUCAUGGAAGAAACAGGAUUCAUGACCGGCUGGGAGAUGAACAGAGACACCAUAAAGGCUUACAUCUCAACCCUAAAUUUGUCCGAAGAACUGAAGACCGCCUUGGACACCGCCGCCGACACCUGUGAAAAUCCGACGGUUGGGGACGUGUUCGCCUUCGAUAAAUGCCUCCUUGCCGCGUGCAUCGAAGCGGUGUGAGAGCGAUUAAGCAAAACGUCACCGGCUCUUUGCUCGCAGAUUCGGACACUUGAUGACGUCAGACCCACGCUUGCCCAGCUGUUACUUCCUGGAUUACGAAAAAUGAAUACUUUCUUUAAUGUCUGAGUUCGGAUUUUCAUCUGCUUAUACGUAGUUCUUCUUGUAAGGAAAAUAUGCAUCUUGAAUUAAAUUGUUUUCACGUU